UUCAGGUUUGGUCAUUUUGGUAAGGGUGUAUUUUUCCUUUGUUACUCAUCAAUUAUUUAUUUUUCUGACCAAUCCAGAACCCUCAUGUUUUCUGCCUAUCCUAUUUGAAAAAGUUAAAUCCGCUAAACUGAAGCAGCUACAGUAUUGCAAAGACAUUAUCUGUUUUGAUUUGCUCAUUAAAGAAAAACAAAAAAAAGAUGAAACAUCAUUUGGCUAUCAGUGUUUUUUACCAGAUGUGAUAUAAUAUGUGGCACAUAUUCGUUUAGCUUGGGUUAUGUUAUCUUGCCAAUGUAGAGUGUCGAGUAUGGGCAAGCAACAAGCCAUGAGGAACACAAUGAUGCAAUAAAAAAUGACAACUAGAAUGCAAUUUAUGUCGUCUGUGGGUGAAAGCAGUCAAAAACUACCCCACAUGCUCAUUGAAGUAAGGACAAUGAUGCACAGUUUACAAACAUUGAAAUUUGCAGGGAUGUGAAAGUUUGCUGUUGCUUGUAUCAGGAAUUGCAGGACUUUUUCCAUAAGUCCUGUGUUUGAGACGUAUGAGCAAUUCAAAACACACUGUCUGAACACGUUUAUCUUGAAGGGUAUUGAUGGGUCGAGACAUCUCUUGGGUGGGGAAGGGAAUAACCCUGAUAUAACUGCGAGGUUUACUACGUGCUGUUAUUUUUACAUGGAGAUAGCUUUGUUAUCCAUAGUUCAAAUGAUGACAUAAUAAGGGCUGGUUUACAUGUUAACAGUUUCAAAGCAGCUUUGGUCAAUGCUUCUUUAUCUCUAAGCCGUUCAUUGCAAACCGCACACAUUUUACACCCCAUUUCCUUUAACAUGAAAAACCCCAGACCCCUUCAACCUUGUCCUUUUCAAACACAGACACUGGAGAACCUACUCGCACAAACCAGAGAAUGUUCUACGGGUCACACGCAUGUGAACCAGUAUUACUAAAUAUAAACAAAUCUGUGUUUACGUUUUUUUGUCUAAUUGGAUAUUGCAAAAGAGGUUUUGAUGGACUUUUGUGAUGGACAUAUAUUUUUUUCAAUUGCCUGUCUGGAUCUGUGACAAAUAAAACUUCUGGGAACAUCUGGAAACACCUGGAAACAUCUGGGCACAGGUACAUUCCUUGUAGCCUCAUAAAUAGAAAGUGCCAGUAAAAAUCAUCUGGAUAAGGAGAUCAGGAGCAGAGAAAAUCAGACUGGAGAUCACAUACGAACUCCAUGAAGAUGUGUAAGUUGCUGAACCUCCUUUUGGCCACGCUCAGUCGAGUUUUGUUUGCUGUCCACGGCGUGGUGACAGUGUGGAGGGUGGUCUCGGUGAAAGGAGACCCCAUCUACUGGCUCCUGCUGAUCGGAGUGGGGCUCCUGGGGGUGGAGAUGGCAGUCACACUCAAACGCACACAGAACGGAGAAUGGAAAUGGUUCUCCCCUAUGGUGUUUCUGUACUUGAGCACAGUGAUCCCUUCAAUCUGGUUUCUGGAACUCAAUUUGUUGCAGUCGAAACUGUCAGCCAACGUCUCUCACGGGGGUACAACUGAUCUGCUAGCCAAUCUGCCGAUACCUGUGGAGCUGAUUUGCCUGAACCCCCAAAACUGGGCUGCCGGGUUGGAGCAGACGAUGCUGAUAGUAUUAGUUUUGGGCCGAUGGCUCAUGCCAAAGGGGGACAUGUCCCGGGACCAGCUCUCCCAGCUCCUUAUGGUCUAUGUGGGACUGGGGGCCGACAUCCUGGAUAUCUUUGACACCUUUAAAGAGCCGGAGGUGGAGACCAACCGCGGCAUCCUGCUGAUCGGCUUGAGCCUCUUCACCUGGGCUCUCAUGCAAUUCCCUUUGGUCUUGACCCAAACGAAACCCCACAGCUCUCCCCUGGAUGUCAGCGUCCCCUCGGAGGCUGGCAAAGAGCCACGGCCGGAGAGUCCAGUGGACAGCGGCUGUGUGUCCUGCUGCUCCAGCGAGGUCUGGAGUCUGCUGGUCACCGUGGGGAUGCAGGACGGCCCCUUUCUCUUCUAUCGGCUCUACCUGAUGGCUCGGGAGAACGUGCUCAACCAGCUCAUGAUCUUCUUCACUUGCAAGAACAUCCUCAUCGUCAUGAUCGAGAUCUACAGGAUCGUUGUGGUUCAGUGUGAGAAGAGCCGCAGGGGAGGGCAGCAGGAUUCCUCCUCCGACGAGGCUGAAAGACCAUGAGAACAUUUUCAAAGGGUUUUUACAAUUUCAAACCUCUAACCCAAGACAAGGCAACAUUGGAUCUGCCGGCCGAUCCAUUGCAUGACUUUGUUCCAACCGGUUUCUUAGUCAUUUAAUUGCUAAAUAUCAACCAAGGGACCUGAUUGAAACAGUCUUGCAGUGGAUGGACUGUAAGAACCAAGGUUCCCUAGCCCUGCUCUAACACCUUCUGGGUUUUAGUUUAAAGUAUGGUACACCCUCAAAACGAGAUGGUCCAUCUCAAGGGCCUACCGAGCAUUCACAUUUUAAAAUCAUUUCUUUUUAACAUUAGGUAACGGUAUUUGAGAAUUUAAGCACCACUAAUAGUUGGAUAUGGUAACUGUGGCCUCACUAUAUAUAUAUAUAUAUAUAUAUAUAUAUAUAUAUAUAUAUAUAUAUAUAUCGGGAUGUACAGAACAUUUAGAUUCAAUCUUUAAGAUACAUUUUCUGCCACAGGAAAAAAUACAAAUAUGUUAAAGCAGAAUAGAACUCCUCUUUAGUGUUUCUAUAUAUCGAAUAUUGCCUAUAAUAUACUGUAACUACACAACUACAUUCAGAUAGUGUACCAAUUCUAUAGAUUGGCAUCUGUGUAAUUGCAUUUGUAUAGCAAAAAUAACAAAAUGAUUGACAUGGUUUGUACAACUACAAUUGUUGAACAAAUAAAGGAAUAGUAAAAAAAAUAUUCUAUAAAAAUAAAUAAAUAAAUAAACUACAGUAUGUCAUUCAAUUUGUAUUAAUUUGAUUAAAGUUUAUUGGAUACAACCCAUAUCGUAAUAACUCAUUGAACUGCUGAGAAACCAAUUACCCUGCUAUUGUGAAUGUAUCUGUACAGCACCAUG